AUGAGGCGCCGGCGCCUAGAAGCGUCUGCCCAGAGUCCCAUGGAAAUUUCUCCCAUCACUAUGGUGGAGGAAGAGACAUUUUUCCGGGGUCACAGAAAACUCCCAGACUGCCCUGGAUCAGAGUCGCCAGCGUCCGUGCCGUCCCAAGGCACGCUUACAGAAGAGCCAGACCACGACCCUGAAAAGUGGCAUGUUAGCUUCAGAACAUUUAGUGGCUCAGAGGAGUCCGACCCCAUCCAGGACCUGAGGAGACUCCGUGAGCUGUGCCGUCUGUGGCUGAGGCCAGAUCUCCACACCAAGGAGCAGAUUAUGGACAAGCUGGUGCUGGAGCAGUUCAUGACCUGCAUGCCCCUGGGCUUCCAGGUCUUGGUCAGGGAGAGUGGCGUGGAGAGUUGCAGAGAUCUGGAGGACCUGCUAAGAGAGAACAGAAAACCUAAGAAAUGGACCGUAGUCCACAUACGGGGUAAGAACUUUCUUGUGCGAGACCCAGAAGUUCAGAGGGCUGAAGCUGGGGUCAGUGACACAGAUGACGAGAGAGAACUAUUCAGGAAGCCCCAGUCUCCCAUGAAUGGCGUCCGUCCAGAAAACGGCCAGCAGGAAGAGAAAGCUCUCCAGCCAGAGACCACUCCUGAAUCAGCUGAUCUGGAGGGUCUGACGCCCAAGCGGAACGUGGAGGAGGACAUGCUGGAAGACAGGAAAGAGGCAGGAGCCCUGCAGGCUCAGCCUGAGCUCCAGGAGGGUCCUGAUUCCGGGACGGCACAGGGCGGGAAGGAUGCCCAAGAAGGAAUGGAUCUUCAAGUGGGGAUGUGGCCUCCCACCUGUCUUCCAGAGAGAGAAGUUUCCACUCGGAGUGCACACAGAGGAGGCUCUCGGAGGAGUCUGAGACGUUAUAAGCGAAAACGGGCCAACAGUCCCACUUGCCCAGAUGUGCAUCAAGAAGGAGCCCCAUCUGUGGACACAGGAGAGGUCUCAGGACAACUUGGGUCCCGUUCCGUCCGUGCACCCAGCACGGUGGGGCCGCGCAGCCGUCCUGAGGGAGACGCAGCCCCGGCGCGCACACCGUAUGAAUGCAGGGUGUGCAAGAAAAGAUUUCGGUAUGAAUCUCAGUUCACCCUUCACCAGAGGACACACACGAGAGAGAGGCCCUUUCGAUGCAACGUCUGUGCCAAGGGCUUCAUGCAGCCUUCGGACCUGCGAGUUCACCAGCGAGUCCACACGGGCGAGAAGCCGCACUGCUGUGACCUCUGCCCCAAGAGGUUCGCCCACGACUCCACGCUGCGUGCUCACAAGAGGGUCCACACCAGGGAGAAGCCCUUCCAGUGUGAGCACUGCGACAAGGCCUUCAGCCACAGGGGGAACCUCAACGUUCACCGACGCACCCACUCUGGACUCAAGCCCUACGUGUGUCCCGAGUGUCACGGCGCCUUCCGUCAGCUGGGAACCUUCAAACGCCACCAGAAAACACAUUUCAGGAUGACUCGCCAAUGA